AUGAGCGUGCUGGGUGCAGUCAACAGUGUUGCGCCGCUAGUGGCAGUGUCAGGAAGUGCAUCCGCCGCGUCGUCGGUACAACUUACCACCUGGCUCCCCGGUAACGACCCACGCUUCUUGUGUCUUCGUCCCCACACACAGGUUCAGGCGACCGGAAGCGCCCCGGUGCUGGUGCUGGUUGCGAACGGAAGCGACAUUACGAUUAAUUUUCCCGGCGAAAACAACAACAACCGGCUGGUGAGCAUCGUCAGCGCGUCCGGCAACAACAACCCGUCCAUGGUCGACUGGAUCGGGGGCAACGGAGCGAACAAGGCGCCCUCGAUUUCGCUCGGCCGAGGACUUCCGCCGGUGGCCGAUGACUCCGACAGCUCCGAGGAUUCCGACCCCAAUCGCCCCCGAUGGUCAGUGGCACCGACCGGUGGCGUCGGAGCGUUACCAGAGAGUGAUGAAGCGGCCAGGACGCUGCCCACCGUGACGGCAACCACCGUCGGAACCGUUACGACGACGAACGCAACCGCGACUAUCCGGAACACCACUCCGACACCGACCACCGUGGCGGCCAACUAGAGCUUCCGGAUUGCUGCGAAAUAAAACCGUGAUCCGGUCAGGUUGUUGCUGCUCUGUCUCAUGUUGUGUUUCCUGUAUUUCAAAUGCUGCUGUUGACGGUUGUUGUAAUGGUUGUGUUUAUUUUCAUUCCUUUUGCACAGAUCGUUAGGGAGGAAGAGGAGGCUCGAUAAAUACAAUCAGCAAAGUGUUGUCCUUUCUUUA